AUGCUGCAUUUUAAGAAUCAAAUUUUUACCCCUUUCUUCCCAUUUUUCUUUUUCCUUUUUUUCUUCUUCCUUUUUCUUUCUUCUUUCUUUUUUCUUCUUUUUUCUUUUUUCUUUUCCUUUCUUUCUUCUUCUUUUCCUUCCUUUCUUUCUUCUUCUUCUUUUCCUUUCUUUCUUCUUCUUCUUUUCCUUUCUUUCUUCUUCUUCUUUUCCUUUCUUUCUUCUUCUUCUUUUCCUUCCUUUCUUCUUUUUUUUUUCCUUUUCCUUUCUUCUUCUUUUUUCCUUUUCCUUUCUUCUUCUUCUUUUUUCCUUUCUUCUUCUUCUUCUUCUUCUUUUUUCCUUUCUUCUUCUUCUUUUUCCUUUUCCUUUCUUCUUCUUUUUUUUCCUUUUCCUUUCUUCUUCUUUUUUUUCCUUUUCCUUUCUUCUUCUUUUUUUUCCUUUUUCUUUCUUCUUCUUUUUACCUUUUUCAUUCUUCUUCUUUUUUCCUUUCCUUUUCUUCUUUUUUUUUCCUUUUCCUUUUUCUUCUUUUUUCCUUUUCCUUUUUCUUCUUUUUUUUUUCCUUUCUUCUUCUUUUUUUUCCUUUUCCUUUCUUCUUCUUUUUUUUCCUUUUCCUUUCUUCUUCUUUUUUUUCCUUUUCCUUUCUUCUUCUUUUUUUUCCUUUUCCUUUCUUCUUCUUUUUUUUCCUUUUCCUUUCUUUUUUCCCUUUUUCUUUUCUUUCUUCCUUUCUUUUUCCCUCUUCCUCUUCUUUUCUUUCUUCCUCUUUUCUUUCUUUUUUCUCUUCUUUUUCCUUUAAUUUUUUUUUUUUCUUUCUUCUUUAAUUUUUUUUUCAUGUAUUUAAUAAAUGUUAACAGAAUAUACAUACAGAAUAUUGCCCACUUGCACCACAUUUGUUUAUUUAUUCAAUUUUAUAGGUCUUUGGCCUCCUUAGCACCCACAUCCCAAAUUUUCAAUUUAUUGAUUUAG